AUGCUCUCGAUCCUAGGUGCUAUGUACGCCUUGCAGGCUGUACGCUCUCCUAUCAACGGCGUCGGAAUCCUCGACCCCUUCAACAAGCCAGCACCUCUUCUGAAGACAGAGUCCAUACCCAAUAUGGUUUUCAUAUACCUGGGCAAGAAGAUCUAUCGAUCAAUCAAGGCCAGGAAGGUUGCAAAUCAAUCAACACCCACGACUACACCCGCCAAAGAGUCUAGUACACCUGUAACCGAUGGAAAUAUUGCAGACGACUUCGCCAGCGAGGGAGCCGCCGAUCACCAAAGCAGUACUCAGGACAAGGUAGAGCGAACUACGACUAACUCUACAUGUGGUCACCAAUUCGACGCGGCAGCUGGGUCGUGCCCGACAUGCAAGUCUGCUCGGAAGGACAGAAUCAUAUAUAGGGUUAGACUCUUCGCCGGACUCAUCCUCCCAUUCAUCGUCCAGGCUCUGGAUGUGACCAUCGUCGCGAGCGCCCUUCCUUGGAUUGCAGCCGACUUUCACGAAACCGGCCAGCUCAAUUGGAUCAUCGCAGCUUUCAACCUCACCUCGGCAGCCUUCAUUCCUUUCUGGGGCCAGGUCGCCGACAUCUUCGGACGUCAUGUUUCUAUCCAAACUUGCCUGGCGUUGAUGCUCGUUGGUAGCGCACUCUGCACUGGCGCCCCCACCUCUGCCUACCCGGUUCUCUUGCUCGGCCGCGCCUUUCAGGGUCUUGCUUGCGCUGGCUUGAACGUCCUCGUUCGCAUCAUCAUCGCCGACAAGGUCACUCUGCGAGAGAAUGCGAGGAACUGGUCAGCCUUCUCCUUCUUGGGAGGUGUUUUGGGAUGGGGCCUAGGUCCUCUAAUCGGGGGCUACAUCACGGCUCAGUCUACAUGGCGUUGGUGCUUUGGUAUAAACCUCCCCAUCGCCUUCGCCAGCAUGCUCCUCAUCUACUUCGUUCUCCGCUCCGAACUCCUCGGCCCCCAGCCUCUUUCUCAACUCGACGAGACUACCGAGACCGGCCGGAGAUCCACCUUUGCCAAGCGUCUCAAGACAAUCGACGUCGGCGGACAGGUCCUUUUCCUGUUCGGCUUCGGCCUGCUGAUCCUGGGUCUCUCAUGGGCCGGCGCAACUUAUGCCUGGAACAGCCCGGCCGUGCUCGUCACUCUCAUCCUCGGACUCAUCAUCACCGUGUUGUUCAUCACCUACGAAUACCACAUGUCUCCUGGCAAAGCCCUCGCCCGUCGGUUCCCUGCCCAAAAGGCAAUGGUUCCUUGGGAGCUUAUUCGCAAUAGGGACAUCGGUUUGCUGUUUUACACCUCAUUCGCAACCGGCAUGGCCAUGUACUCGGUCCUGUACUUCUGCAACAUCUAUUUCACAAUGGUUAAGCUCUGGUCCGCCGACCAAGCCGGCACGCAGCUAUUGUACUUCACGCCGGGUCUGGGUGUCGGCGUGUAUAUCUCUGCCUUCAUGUGCAACUCCUGGCCGCGCAAGACGUUCCCUCCCAUUUUCAUCGGAUCCAUCCUCGAAAUGGUUGGGAUUGGCUUGAUCGCCUGGGCCAUCUACACGGAGCACAAUCCUACCGUCUACGGAAUGAUGGCUCUGACGGGUGUCGGUACCGGCCUACGUGUGAUGCCCGUUCCCCUCCACGGGAUCGCGCAAUUCCCCAAGAAGAUCGCCGCAGUGAUCUCUCUCAUGGCGGUCGCUUACCCCUUUGGCGGAACCCUUGGCCUCACCGUUAUGACUACUGUGUUUAAUAACGCGUCCGGAAUCAGCAACGACUCGCCCCUGCGAGACUUUGCCACGCUCAAGAGCCUUCCCGUCGAGCAACAGGCUGCGGUUACCAACGAGGCCAAGAUGGGUGUUGUCUGGGCCUUUGUCGCCAUUUGCCCCUUCAUGAUCAUCUGCACCAUUACUGCCUCUUUUCUUGGUAAUGUCUACAUCAACAGGAGCGAGGAGGGCGAAAAUGGCAGGCAGAACGCCAUAUACGAAGGUGUUUACUUGCUCAAGCCAUUUCGUAAGGGCUCUUCGAAAGAUAAGAUCACGACCCGGGAGCACCAGUCUGGCGAAGAACAGAUUCCGAAGUAA